GCGAGGGACUUUUGAAACUAAACUAACGACUGGGGGCUACCUCUUCGGCCAUUGUCGUUCCUGACUCCAGAUUGUACUUUUUAGGGGAUAAAAAAAAAUAUUGUUAUUAUCAUGGACGAGUGCUAAUACUGUCCUGGGUUUCGAAACGUUGGAAGUAAAAUCAAUUUCUGUGACUUUGUCGCUUGUACCCUUACAUUUGCUGCAGGGGCACUUUACUGUAACGUUAGCUCGGUUAACGUUGCCUACCAUCGCCGUAGAAUUUCACACUUUCUGACCAUGGAGACAGAUACCAGGCACAAACUACAAAACAACCUGCAGACUGAAAGAACCGAAAUUAAGCGAGCUGAGGAUGGACCAAUGCGUAUCCCCGUGUCUCAUAUGGCCUCUAAACGUCUCGUAGUCCCAUCCCAGCAACCGCAACGCAUUCUGACAGUGUCCAAUGGGCCUCAGCGCUUAAUGCACCCGUUAAAACACAGCAAGUCUGCGCAUCACCUCCUCAGUUCCACCAAGCCUGCACAACCCGAGAAUCAGAAUGUCAAACUGGCAGCGGCAAAUCCGCAGCCCAAAGCUCCUGUCCGGCGGAGCCAGCCUAUGAUGAAUGAGCCUAAAGUGAACCUGGGGAUGACAAAACCUGCUGUUGAAGCCACUGCCAUGGAAGCUGCAAAACCUGAGAUUCCACAAAAGGAACCAGCCAAGAAAGAUUCUGCAGACACAUCGUCAUCCAAGAAGCGUUGGAGUCUGGACAGCUUUGAAAUCGGCCGGCCACUGGGAAAGGGCAAGUUUGGCAACGUCUACCUUGCCAGAGAGCGCCAGACCAAAUUCAUCCUGGCCCUGAAGGUGCUCUUCAAAAAGCAGCUGGAGAAGGCGGGCGUGGAGCACCAGCUGAGGAGAGAGGUGGAGAUCCAGUCUCAUCUCAGGCACCCCAACAUCCUACGCCUCUUCGGCUAUUUCCAUGACGUUUCCCGUGUGUACCUCAUACUCGAAUAUGCCCCCAAGGGCGAGCUCUUCGGUGAGUUGCAGCGGUGUGGAUUUUUCCCCGAAGAUCGCAGUGCUACGUACAUCAUGGAGCUGGCAGAUGCCCUGGACUACUGCCAUUCGAGGAAGGUGAUCCACAGGGACAUUAAGCCCGAGAAUCUCCUGCUGGGCACCAACGGGGAGCUGAAGAUCGCCGACUUCGGUUGGUCCGUCCACACGCCCUCGUCCAGGAGGUCUACUUUAUGCGGAACACUGGAUUAUUUGCCUCCCGAAAUGAUCGAAGGGAAGACCCACGACGAGAAGGUGGAUCUGUGGAGUCUCGGCGUGCUUUGCUAUGAGUUCCUGGUCGGGAAACCACCAUUUGAAACCCAAUCUUACAAGGACACGUAUCGCAGGAUAUCCAGGGUUGAGUACUUGUACCCGUCGCAAUCCAGCGUCAGCGAACUGGCCAAAGAUUUGAUUUCUCGCCUGCUGAAGCACAAUCCUGCAUAUAGACUGCCCAUAAAAGGGGUUCUGUCUCACCCCUGGGUGGUCCAAAACUCCACCAAGAAGCCCAGCGCCCACGGCAUGGAAGAGCUCAGCCACUGAUGGAAAUAAAUCAUUUCAUGCUGGCGGUUUUAAGUACGGUCAACUUGAGCCAUGCCUUUCUUCUGGUUUCCCUUCUUGUAAAUAUUUCUCUCUUCUAAUAAUUGAAUUUUAUUGACUUGAAAUGUAAAUAAGAUAAAAUCCUCUUGCACUUUGCCUUUAGCCUAGCAACCUCUUGAUGUUUGUUGGGUGUGCUAUUUUGGACAGCAGGGGCCGCCAGUGCACCACUAUCGCUCAUGG